UCUUCUUUUUUUUUUGUCAGUGCUUCCCACACUCGCUAACAAAAAGUCAAAAGAACGAUCAAGAAGAAGCGUCCAUGGAAGAAGCCAAGGGAGCAAACCAGUAUAACUCCAUAAUAGUUCCUUCUGUACAAGAGAUGGUCAAGGAAAAGAUGAUCAAGACCGUUCCCCAGAGGUAUAUACGGUCCGAUCUAGACAAAACCGAGAUCACAGAUGACUGUGGUCCAAGAACCGAGAUCCCAAUCAUCGACUUGAACCGUUUGUGUUCUUUAACCUCCAUGGCCUCUGAGAUUGACAAGCUCGACUUGGCUUGCAAAGAGUGGGGAUUUUUUCAACUUGUAAACCACGGAAUAGACUCAAAGUUCUUGGACAAAGUCAAGUCGGAGAUUCAAGAUCACUUCAACCUUCCCAUGGAAGAGAAGAAGAAGCUAUGGCAACAACCCGGUGAGAUCGAAGGGUUUGGACAAUCUUUCGUUGUCUCAGAGGAGCAGAAACUAGACUGGAGUGACAUGUUCUACCUCACAAUGCAACCUGUUCGAUCAAGGAAGCCUCACUUGUUCCCCAAGUUACCUCUUCCCUUCAGAGAUACACUAGAGAGGUAUUCAACUGAAGUGAAAAGCAUAGCUAAGAUCUUGUUAGGGAACAUGGCAAGAGCCUUGAAGAUCAAACCUGAGGAAAUAUUGGAAGAGUUGUUUGACGACGAGUUAGGACAGAAAAUGAGGAUGAAUUACUACCCGCCAUGUCCUGAGCCGGAUCAGGUUAUUGGUGUAACUCCGCAUUCAGAUGCUACGGGACUCACCAUCCUUUUGCAGGUUAAUGAAGUGGAAGGUCUCCAGAUCAAGAAAGAUGGCAAGUGGGUUCCAGUCAAACCUCUCCCAAACGCUUUUGUUGUUAAUAUUGGAGACAUGUUAGAGAUCAUAACGAAUGGAACUUACAAAAGUAUAGAGCAUCGUGGGGUUGUGAACUCUGAGAAAGAGAGGCUUUCUGUGGCCGCGUUCCACAAUAUGGGAAUGGGUAAAGUGGUUGGUCCGCUGAGAAGUCUUGUGGAAAGGCAAAAGGGUGCGUUGUUCAGAAGCGUGACCAUCGAAGAGUUUUUGAAGGUCUUGUUCUCCAGAGAGCUUGAUGGAAAAGCUUUCCUCGACGUUUGGAGAAUCUAAGGUUUUCUGACUGUUCCUGUUGUAUUAUAUAUCUUACUACGUUUCUCCUUUGUGUUCAUGCUUUUUGUGAAUAUGAAAUAUCCAUCUCUCUAUGUCUCUCCCUCUGCUUCAAGACAAUCCACCAGUAACAAACGUUUUCGCUUA